AUGGCUGCUCCUACUGAACGUGUGUUUGGUGUCACCAACAUCAAAUCACACAUGCCUUUGAUUCUUGACAUGGAUGAUCAUAACUAUGAUGCUUGGAGAGAACUUUUCCUCUCUCAUUGCCUCACGUUCGAUGUCUUAGGACAUGUUGAUGGCUCAUCUACUCCGGCAACUGCUGACGAUCAACCAUGGCUGAAACGAGAUGGACUGGUUAAACUAUGGAUCUAUGGAACACUCGCCCAGCCACUCUUCAAAUCAACGUUCAAGACAGGUGAUCUACUCUCCAAUCUCGAAGCUCCAGUCAACGAUCGCAAUCUAGUGAUGUACAUGCUGAAUGGACUCAAUGAAAAGUUUGACAACAUUAUUAAUGUUAUCAAACAUCAGAAGCCUUUUCCAUCCUUUGACGAUACCAAGUCCAUGCUCCAAGAUGAAGAGUGUCGCUUGAAGAAGGCACACAAGGUAAUUGCUUCUCACUCAGCUCAUGCUUCCUCUCCAACUGCGUUAGUCACGAUGAACAAUUCAAACCAGACUCAACAAAAUCAAUCCACUCAACACAAAACCAACCGUCCAUGGCGUCGUAACAAUUGUGGAAACUACAAAGGCCGAAAUAACUUCCAGCAGACCACACAGCCUCCACAACAACAGAGACAACCAUUUCCGUCUUGGGGACCAUAUUGGCCAAGUCCAUACAAUAAAUGGCAGCCUCCUCAAUUUGCUCCUUGGGGACAGUAUCCCACGAACUUUCAAAAUUGUGGUUUGCUUGGACCCAAACCGGUGAGUUCUUCAAAUGUCGAGGCUCACAUUGCAGACCUACAACCAACUCGCGACUUUGCAGAAGCAUUCAACACCAUGACCCUCACUGAACCAUCGACAGGUGGAUGGUACAUGGACACUGGAGCUACGGCUCACUUAGCUUCUUCACCAGAUAUGCUCCACUCUAUUUUUAAUUUAAACACCAAAGAUUCAGUCAUUGUUGGAGACAGUUCCUCAAUACCUGUUUCUCUAUCUGGUUUCACUUCUCUCCCAUCCAAAUCUCGUCCCCUAAACCUUCACAAUGUCCUCAUCACCCCCACAAAUCAUAAAAAAUCUUAUCUCAGUUCGCCAGUUUACAAAAGACAAUGUUUGUACAGUUGA